AGCCAAUCGGGGCUUUCCGCACCUCCUUGCCGGUGACGUCAUUUCCAGGGGCCCAGAGGAAGUGUGAUGUGGCUGUGAGCGGAGUGUCAUUAUGUCUGCCAUAUUCAACUUCCAGAGCCUGCUGACAGUCAUCUUGCUUCUCAUCUGUACCUGUGCUUACAUCAGAUCCCUGGCCCCAAGCAUUCUGGAUAAAAACAAGACUGGAGUUCUGGGAAUAUUCUGGAAAUGUGCAAGGAUAGGUGAACGGAAAAGCCCGUACGUGGCUUUAUGCUGUGUGGUUAUGGCCUUCAGUAUUUUGUUUGCACAGUAGCCCAGUAUAGGCCAGGACAUUGGGUGUGAGGGGACUGCAGCUGGAGAUGGGAAUUCAAGAAGAGAACUCAGCAGGCAGCAGACGAACAGUGGAGACUUCACCAAAAUCAGCAUUUAGAAUCCCCAUCGCAACACGUCUGAUGCUGUCCUUUCUGUGCUUUGAAUAACACCGAAUUGGGGUUGUUGCGGAACGCACUGUGGUUGAACAUCUGACCAAGGACAUAGUGAGGCACAUUAUGUGCAUUCUUAAUUGAUGAACCUCUCUAAUUUUACAGAACAAUUGGAUUUGUUUUUAUUUAAUUUCUGUAAUUAUAUGUUUGAGUUCUCCCAGACCACUGCAUUGUCAAUAAAAUGUUUGGAUGAGUACAGCUCUAUAUUUUUUUCCCUGUUGAAAAAGUCCUUUCAGCAAUAUGCUGCAGUUCUAUUUAAAUACCUCAGCAAGGCUGUGCUUAAUCUAGAUCAUGAAAGAUGUAUACCAGUAAUGUGGUGUGAAUAUUUGUCAUUGACUUCCAACAAUUGAUCUUAGGUUUUUCUUUGCCUUCCGUGACCAGGAGUUAAUAAAACCCCAUGUUUUACAAAAAUAUUUUUGAGCUGUAGUGUACAUCAAAUGCUUGUCUCUUUUCACUUUUCUCCUUAAGUUUAGUUUAGUCUUGAUACCAACUUUUUGUCCUCGCAGGAAAACAUUUACAAUAAAAAAUGUGGUAUGUGUACCUGU